AUGGACCACGACAAUAACCGCCUACGACUGAACUUUCAGUUUGACAACCAACACAACUUUGACGCUGCCAACGCUCGAAUGUAUCCCACGACGCCCUCCACUUUCCCUCAGCCGAUCUAUGGCACUCAGCAGCACGAGUAUGGCGGAGGUGCACUAUCGCCCAAUCCUACGGCCAAUACUGGCUACUUCCUGAAUCAACAAUUCCCCCCUCAAUCACAGCAAUCUCAGUAUCAGCAGCAAUAUGCGUAUCAAGGACAACCCGGCCUCCAGUCUCCUCAACCGGCAUACCAAGCUAACUCUAGACCCUACGGCGGAAACACCAAUACCGACGCAACAAGUGGUCUAAUACAGCAAUUUUCGAACCAAGACUUGAGUGCCACACCACGUGGUAACGUCAAUCGCACUCCGUCACCUGCAAUGCCGCGUCCUCGAACGGCUGGUGAAGCAAGACAAGCACAGAAUCCUUACCAGGGCCACCUAGCUCCACCAAUGCCCAGACCGUCGCCGAAACCAGAAGAGGAGGAGCAGCCGAACCCGCGCAGAUAUUCAGACAACGUUGUCAAGCGAGGCACUGCCGCGAAGCAGUUGGUCAACAGCUUUUUCCAGGAGAACAUUGAGCGAGCACGUGACCGGAAUAGUCGCGCAAAAGAGCUGGAGGCGAUACUGAAGAAUCCGAGCAUCAGUGAUCUGGAAAAGCAAAAGGAAAUGAACACCCUUGCACAGAAAGAGGCACGCUUCCUGCGCUUCAUUCGGACAAGGGAGGUCCCUUCAAACUUUACAACCAUCAAGGUCAUUGGGAAAGGAGCAUUUGGAGAAGUCAAGCUGGUACAGCGCAAGACCGACGGCAAAAUCUAUGCGCUGAAGUCUCUGAUAAAGUCGGAAAUGUUUAAGAAGGAUCAACUGGCGCACGUCCGAGCAGAGCGUGAUAUUCUGGCUGAUUCGAAAGACAACCCAUGGCUCGUCAAGCUGCAUGCUUCAUUCCAGGACAACACCUACCUCUACAUGCUGAUGGAGUUCUUACCUGGCGGUGACUUGAUGACCAUGUUGAUCAAGUAUGAGAUCUUUUCCGAAGACAUUACGCGGUUCUACAUGGCUGAGAUCGUCAUGGCCAUCGAGGCCGUGCACAAACUCGGUUUCCUGCAUCGUGAUAUCAAACCCGACAACAUUCUCCUAGACCGGGGUGGACACAUCAAGUUGACCGAUUUCGGUCUCUCCACGGGCGGACGCAAGCAGCACGAGAACUCAUACUAUCAGGCGCUCCUGAAGGCCGGAACUGAUAGCAAGUCAGGAAACCGCAACUCGAUGGCAUUGAACGAACAGAUCAAUUUGACUGUCAGCAAUCGAGGACUGGUGAACACUUGGAGGAAAUCACGUCGUCAUAUGGCCUACUCGACUGUGGGAACUCCAGAUUACAUCGCCCCUGAAAUCUUCCUCGGCCAAGGCUAUACCUAUCUGUGCGAUUGGUGGUCUGUCGGGGCGAUCAUGUUCGAGUGCUUGGUGGGCUGGCCACCUUUCUGCGCCGAGGACACACAUGACACCUACCGCAAAAUCGUCAAUUGGCGCGAGUCCUUAUAUUUCCCGGAUGAGUUAGUUCUGGGUAGGGAUGCCGAGGACAUGAUCAGAAGCUUCCUCUGUGAUGCGAAUGAUCGGCUGGGCAAAGAAGGUGGAGCUCACGACGGAGCAUCACAGAUCAAGAAACACCCAUUUUUCCGUGGUGUCGUCUGGGACCAAUUGCGCAAGAUUCGAGCACCCUUUGAACCGAAAUUGUCGUCGAACAUUGAUGUCAGCUACUUCCCCAUCGACGAGAUUCCACAAGAGGAUAACAGCGCGGUGCACCGAGCACACGCCAAGCAGAUCUCGCCUGAACAGGAUGCUGAAAUGAGCCUGCCCUUCAUCGGAUACACUUACAAAGCUUUUACUGCAUUCCAGAAUUCCUAG